UCGGCUACUUCAACUCCAAGCACUAGUUGUCAGAAAUUUGUUUAAAAUAAACAAUAACAAUGUGAAUUGGUUACAGCAAUAAUUUUGUAUUUUCAGGGAAUAUUAGAUUCUUUCUCUGUCCUGCGAUUUCAGCUGUACUGUGUUGAGUUCACGAAAGUCACUGAGGCCUAUAUUGAAAGUUCAUAAUGUCUUGUAAUUACGCCGAUGGCCUUUCUCCAUAUGAAAACAAGGGAGUUUUAGGUGUUGAUGAGAAAUUCGAUAGUAAGGAAGAAGUAGCAGAGAAGGUUGCAACACUUGCAGCUUGGAUUCAAGAAUCAAACCAUGUGGUAAUCCAUACAGGAGCAGGGAUCAGUACUUCAGCUGGCAUUCCAGACUUCAGAGGCCCAAAAGGUGUGUGGACCUUGGAAGCCAAAGGAGAAAAACCAGAUAUGAAUAUUUCGUUCAACGAUGCGGUGCCAACAAAGACGCACAUGGCUUUGGCUAAACUUGUUCAAGUGGGCAAAGUCCAAUACAUAGUCAGCCAGAACAUCGAUGGUCUACAUCUGCGGUCCGGGGUGCCUCGUCGGAAUCUGGCUGAGCUCCACGGCAACAUGUUUGUGUUUAUGAAUUGUUAUGAUGCUCUCAAUUUUGUUUCAGGCAAAGUCCAAUACAUAGUCAGCCAGAACAUCGAUGGUCUACAUCUGCGGUCCGGGGUGCCUCGUCGGAAUCUGGCUGAGCUCCACGGCAACAUGUUUGUGUUUAUGAAUUGUUAUGAUGCUCUCAAUUUUGUUUCAGGCAAAGUCCAAUACAUAGUCAGCCAGAACAUCGAUGGUCUACAUCUGCGGUCCGGGGUGCCUCGUCGGAAUCUGGCUGAGCUCCACGGCAACAUGUUUGUGGAACAGUGUGCUCAGUGUAACAGACAGUUUGUGCGGAGCUGUGCCACCUCAUCUGUGGGUCAGAAGUGUCUACUGAAACCGUGUCCAACAUCCCGGCUCAACGGACGGCCCUGCCGUGGUCGCAUGCAUGACACCAUACUCGACUGGGAGGCCAACCUGCCGGAGAACGAUCUGGGCAUGGCGGACUUCCAUUCUUGUGUGGCUGAUCUGUGCAUCUGUCUGGGGACCACGCUGCAGAUAGUCCCCAGCGGUAACCUGCCUCUGCACACCAAGAAGUACAACAACGGCCGGCUUGUCAUUUGUAACCUGCAGCCGACAAAGCAUGAUCGCAAAGCAGACUUGUUGAUCCACACGUACGUUGAUGACAUCUUGACACAGCUGAUGGAGAAGCUCGGUUUGACGAUUCCAGAGUAUUCCCGUCCUGACGACCCUACGAUGGCGCGCCGUAUGGUCGAGUGGACCAUUCUGGACUCGGAGGUGCAAACCAUGCGGCGCCUCUACGAGAAAACCUGCUGCAAAGGGAAGAAGAAAAAGUCAGACAAGGAGAAAUUUAGUAAUUUCAAAAAGUUAAAACGAGAACCCGGCAUCGAUGAUGUUCAGUGCAAUAUGAAAGACGUGAAAGACAUCAAAACUGAAAUAAAGGUGGAGAUUGAGGUGAACGGUAUCACGACGACAGGUUGAAUGAAUUUCUGAAUGUAUUUAUAUAAAGUUUACCUACAGGUCAAGAUAUACUGGAGGUAUAUUUGUUCCUGUUUAAGUUUUAAUUCUGAAAACAGUGAUAUCGAAUGGGUAUUACAGUAUUAAGUAUGGAUACCAUUACUAUGAAAUGGUAUUAGUUUAUCCCUAAAGUAUUAACCCCGAGAACCGCUAGUGAGGAGUGUAAAAACCAUGACCUUUUCAGAAAUAAGUAUGUUUAAAUAUAUGUAAUAUAAAACUAGUGUACAAUACAAAAAUAUAUGAUUUUAUUGAGGAGAAUCAAAAUCUUUUUAUAUUAUAUAAUAAGAAAUGUAUUUUUUAUAUUCAUUGGAUGCAUAAAAAUAUUUUUUGAGCAAAUAACUUUGUUUCCAUCUAUGAAAAAUAUGAUUAACUGUAUUAAAAAUUAAAAAAAGUAUUUCAUUCUGGGUAAAACUUUAAAAAAGUAGCUCUAUGACUCACUAUAAAAAUGAAACUUAAAUCCUUACUUGAAUUGUUCAAUCGUAUAAAUAUUGUACCAUAGUAAAUCCUUGUAUAUGGUAUUAUAUGUUACUGAGUUCACAUCAAACUUACGAAUUAGAACACUGGUAUUUCCUUACUGUAAUUCUAUAAUUAACGACAUAACUGUGGUUAUUAGAAUAAAACUUCAAAGAACUGC